UGCAAAAUUACAUGCUCUGCGAUCCUACUGACAAGAGUGAUUUUUUUUUUUUUUAUUUAUUUAACCAACAAAGUCCACAGUGAGAGAGAGAGAGAGAGAGGAUUCGAUGAUGCAUCAAGGAAAGAGGCGCGGUUGAAUCGUCGAAGAAGAGAGACUGAAAGGGAGCGAAGACAAUGCGCCGAGAGAUUUCAUCUGCAAUUGCCCAACCUCGAUGGCUUCUCCUCUUGCUUGUCGCCUUGAUUCUCGUCGUUCUCGCUUUCUCUACCACCCGCCGCGAGGAACAGGAGGUGGAAGAGGUCCAUGAAAUCACCCACAGAGUAUAUUUAGAUGUCGAUAUUGAUAAACAGCACGCUGGGAGAAUUGUAAUUGGAUUAUAUGGAAAAGUAGUACCAAAAACUGUUGAAAAUUUCAGGGCUUUGUGCACAGGGGAACUGGGAAAAAGUGUGAGUGGAAAAGCUCUUCAUUACAAGGGAAAACCUUUCCAUCGUAUAAUACCUGGGUUUAUGAUUCAAGGGGGAGACAUUAUCCGUGGUGAUGGGAAGGGAAGUGAAUCUGUAUAUGGCGGCACCUUUCCUGAUGAGAGUUUUAGGAUAAAACACUCACAUCCAGGUGUUGUUUCCAUGGUGAACUCUGGACCCGAUUCCAAUGGAUCACAAUUUUUUAUCACCACAGUCAAGGCUAGCUGGUUAGAUGGGGAGCAUGUUGUCUUUGGCAAGGUUAUUGAAGGCAUGGACACUGUAUAUGCGAUUGAGGGGGGAGCUGGGACGUACAGCGGGAAGCCCAGGAAGAAGGUAACUAUUGCUGAUUCGGGAGAGAUAACUAGCAGCAAUUCAGAAGAGGGAAGCAGAAGUUCAACAAGCAGCACUUCAUGACGAUGCAAGUUUUACAGGAGCCAUCUGCUAUGUCUGAUUGUAGGUACUGAUUCAUACAUGUGUACUGUAUUUCCAUAUGAAAUGCUGUUUACUAAUCCGGUGCCUGUAUUUUGCUUUGAUGCUGUACUUCUUCCAUGUGAAGAAAGUCUUUGUUCUCGUCGCAAUUAGAAUGGGUUUUCUAAGGCAUACUGGAAAUAUGUUCUGCCUGUAAUGACUGCCUUUGUGCCUUACUCUGAAGUCAUGUCUCAUUUGAGAAUGUAUUUGUUGAUUCUAUUU